AUGCCGGCCGGAGAAUACCGUCAGUCAUCACGAGAGUCCGGAUCUGGCGAAGAGGAGGCUUGGUUGUGGGGUCAGAUUAAGGCCGAGGCUCGGCGCGACGCUGAGGCUGAGCCGGCUUUAGCCAGCUACUUGUACUCCACUAUCCUCUCUCACUCUUCGCUGGAGCGUUCUCUGUCUUUCCACCUGGGCAACAAGUUGUGCUCCUCCACGCUUUUAUCGACGCUGCUUUACGACCUCUUCCUCAAUUCCUUCUCCACCGAUGUAAACCUCCGUUCCGCCACCGUCGCCGACUUGCGCGCCGCCCGCUAUCGUGACCCUGCCUGCAUUUCUUUUUCUCACUGCCUUCUUAAUUACAAGGGUUUCCUCGCUUGCCAGGCCCAUCGAGUGGCUCACAAACUCUGGACUCAAACUCGGAAGCCUCUCGCACUUGCAUUACAAUCUCGCAUCUCCGAUGUCUUCGCUGUCGAUAUCCACCCAGCCGCAAAAAUUGGCAAAGGCAUCCUUUUUGAUCAUGCAACUGGAGUGGUGGUAGGCGAGACAGCUGUAAUUGGAAACAAUGUUUCAAUUCUCCACCAUGUAACUUUAGGUGGAACUGGCAAAGUUAGCGAUGAUCGGCACCCCAAAAUCGGCGAUGGAGUGUUGAUUGGUGCAGGAGCAACAAUACUAGGCAAUAUUAAGAUUGGCGAAGGAGCAAAGAUUGGUGCGGGGUCAGUGGUUUUGAUAGAUGUGCCCCCAAGGACGACGGCAGUGGGGAAUCCGGCUAGGUUGGUCGGAGGAAAAGAGCAGCCAACAAAGCAUGAGGAAAUUCCAGGAGAAUCGAUGGAUCAUACUUCGUUUAUUUCUGAAUGGUCGGAUUAUAUCAUAUGA